GGCCCGGCCUCCCGCUCCUCUCCGCCGAACCGCUCACUUGCCAGCCCUUCGCCCCCGGGAAGAAGAAACAUUUCCCGGAGCGCACUCCUCAGCCCUCACUCCCCUACGCGCUCGCCCUCCCAUCCCCCUCCACUCUUUCUUUCUUGGGGGAGGGGGGCUGUCGCCUCAGAUUGAAGGCCAUUGAUUUGUAUGUAUUUGUCCCAGCGCCGGAGGCUGCCCCAGCCGCCCGCGCGGGUGCCGCCGCCGCCGCCAGUGGAGUUGCCUCCCUGCUUCCCUAGGGUGGUUAGGCUCCACCAAACAUGUCGGCUCCGGUCGGGCCGCGGGGCCGCCCGGCUCCCACCCCGGCGGCCUCUCAGCCGCCCCUGCAGCCCGAGAUGCCCGACCUCAGCCACCUCACGGAGGAGGAGAGGAAAAUCAUCCUGGCCGUCAUGGAUCGGCAGAAGAAAGAAGAGGAGAAGGAGCAGUCGGUGCUCAAGAAACUUCAUCAGCAGUUUGAAAUGUACAAGGAGCAGGUGAAGAAGAUGGGAGAGGAAUCACAGCAGCAACAGGAACAGAAGGGUGACGCCCCAACCUGUGGGAUCUGCCACAAAACAAAGUUUGCCGAUGGAUGUGGCCAUAACUGUUCAUAUUGCCAAACAAAGUUCUGUGCUCGUUGUGGAGGUCGUGUGUCAUUGCGUUCAAACAAGGAGGACAAAGUGGUUAUGUGGGUAUGUAAUUUGUGCCGAAAACAACAAGAAAUCCUCACUAAAUCAGGAGCAUGGUUUUAUAAUAGUGGACCCAAUACGUCGCAGCAACCUGAUCAAAAGGUGCCCCGAGGACUACGGAACGAGGAGGCACCUCAGGAGAAGAAGGCAAAACUGCACGAGCAGGCUCAGUUCCAAGGACCCUCAGGUGACUUAGCUGUACCUGCAGUGGAGAAAAGUCGAACUCAUGGGCUCACGAGACAGGAUUCUAUUAAAAAUGGGUCAGGAGUGACGCACCAAAUUGCCAGUGACAUAGCUUCAGACAGGACACGAAGUCCAUCAGUAUCCAGAGAUCAGAAUAGAAGAUACGACCAAAGAGAAGAAAGAGAAGAAUAUUCACAAUAUGCUACUUCAGAUAACGCCAUGCCAAGAUCUCCAUCAGAUUAUGCUGAUAGGAGGUCUCAGCGUGAACCUCAGUUUUAUGAAGAGCCUGACCAUAUAAAUUACAGGGACUCCAACAGGAGAAGUCAUAGGCAUUCCAAAGAAUACAUUGUAGAUGACGAGGAUGUGGAGAGCAGAGAUGAAUAUGAAAGACAAAGGAGGGAGGAGGAGUACCAGGCGCGCUAUCGAAGCGAUCCAAAUUUGGCCCGGUAUCCAGUAAAGCCACAGCCCUAUGAAGAACAGAUGCGUAUUCAUGCCGAAGUGUCCCGGGCGAGGCAUGAGAGAAGGCAUAGUGAUGUCUCUUUGGCAAACGCUGAACUGGAAGAUUCCAGGAUUUCCGUGCUGAGGAUGGAACGACCGUCCAGGCAGAGAUCUGUGUCUGAACGCAGAGCUGCCAUGGAAAAUCAGCGCUCUUACUCCAUGGAGAGAACUCGAGAGGCUCAGGGACCAAGUUCUUAUCCACAAAGGACCACAAACCGUAGUCCUCCCACCCCGCGGAGGAGUCCGAUACCCCUCGAUAGACCAGACAUGAGACGGGCCGACUCACUGCGGAAACAGCACCACUUAGAUCCUAGCUCGGCCGUGAGGAAAACCAAGCGGGAGAAGAUGGAAACCAUGUUAAGGAAUGAUUCUCUCAGUUCCGACCAGUCGGAGUCCGUGAGACCUCCACCACCAAAGCCGCAUAAAUCAAAGAAAGGAGGUAAAAUGCGCCAGGUUUCAUUGAGCAGUUCAGAGGAGGAAUUAGCUUCCACGCCUGAAUACACCAGUUGUGAUGACGUGGAGAUUGAAAGUGAGAGUGUAAGUGAAAAAGGAGACAUGGAUUACAACUGGUUGGACCAUACGUCUUGGCAUAGCAGUGAGGCAUCCCCAAUGUCUUUGCACCCUGUGACGUGGCAGCCAUCCAAGGAUGGAGAUCGUUUAAUUGGUCGUAUUUUGUUAAAUAAGCGUCUAAAAGAUGGAAGCGUCCCUCGAGAUUCAGGAGCAAUGCUUGGCUUGAAGGUUGUAGGAGGAAAGAUGACUGAAUCAGGUCGGCUUUGUGCAUUUAUUACCAAAGUAAAAAAAGGAAGUUUAGCGGAUACUGUAGGACAUCUUAGACCAGGUGAUGAAGUAUUGGAAUGGAAUGGAAGGUUGUUGCAAGGAGCCACGUUUGAAGAAGUAUAUAACAUCAUUCUGGAGUCCAAACCUGAGCCACAAGUGGAACUUGUUGUUUCAAGACCUAUCGGAGAUAUCCCUAGAAUACCUGAUACCACACAUGCGCAACUGGAGUCUAGUUCUAGCUCAUUUGAAUCUCAAAAAAUGGAUCGCCCUUCUAUCUCUGUUACCUCUCCCAUGAGUCCCGGCAUGUUGAGGGAUGUUCCGCAGUACUUAUCUGGACAACUUUCAAGCCAAAGCCUUAGUAGAAGAACAACGCCUUUUGUUCCUAGGGUUCAGAUAAAACUAUGGUUUGACAAGGUUGGUCACCAAUUAAUAGUUACAAUUUUGGGAGCAAAGGAUCUCCCUUCCAGGGAAGAUGGGAGGCCAAGGAAUCCUUAUGUUAAAAUUUACUUUCUUCCAGACAGAAGUGAUAAAAACAAGCGAAGAACUAAAACAGUAAAGAAAACGUUGGAACCCAAAUGGAACCAGACAUUCAUUUAUUCCCCAGUCCACCGAAGAGAGUUUAGGGAACGGAUGCUGGAGAUCACGCUCUGGGAUCAAGCUCGAGUUCGAGAGGAAGAGAGUGAAUUCUUAGGAGAGAUUUUAAUUGAAUUAGAAACAGCAUUAUUAGAUGAUGAGCCACAUUGGUACAAACUUCAGACCCAUGACGUUUCUUCAUUACCACUUCCCCACCCUUCUCCGUAUAUGCCACGACGACAGCUCCAUGGAGAGAGCCCAACAAGGAGGUUGCAAAGGUCAAAAAGAAUAAGUGAUAGUGAAGUGUCUGACUAUGACUGUGAUGAUGGAAUUGGAAUAGUAUCAGAUUAUCGACACAAUGGUCGAGAUCUUCAAAGCUCAACAUUAUCAGUGCCAGAACAAGUAAUGUCAUCAAAUCAUUGUUCACCAACAGGAUCUCCUCACCGAGUAGAUGUUAUAGGAAGGACUAGAUCAUGGUCACCUAGUGUCCCUCCUCCACAAAGUCGGAAUGUGGAACAGGGACUCCGAGGAACGCGCGCUACGGCGGGACAUUAUAAUACAAUCAGCCGAAUGGACAGACAUCGGGGCAUGCAUGACCAUUAUUCUCCCGAAAGAGACAGUCAGUUUCUUACCCUACCUCGCUCCAGAUACAGUCAGACCAUUGAGCACCAUCACAGGGACGGCAGGGAUUGUGAAGCAGCAGAUAGACAGCCAUAUCACAGAUCCAGAUCAACAGAACAACGGCCUCUCCUAGAGCGGACCGCCACCCGCUCCAGAUCCACUGAGCGUCCUGACACAAACCUCAUGAGGUCGAUGCCUUCAUUAAUGACGGGAAGAUCUGCCCCUCCUUCACCUGCCUUAUCGAGGUCCCAUCCUCGUACUGGGUCUGUCCAAACAAGCCCAUCCAGUACGCCCGUGGCAGGACGACGUGGCCGGCAACUUCCGCAGCUUCCACCCAAGGGGACACUGGAGAGAAACAAUGGAGUCAAGGAGAUAGAACCUUAUGAAGGUGCUAUGGAUAUAGAGGAGAGAAAUCGCCAAAUGAAAAUUAACAAAUACAAACAGGUAGCCGGAUCAGAUCCCAGACUGGAGCAAGAUUACCAUUCAAAGUACCGAUCAGGAUGGGAUCCUCAUAGAGGGGCAGAUAAUGUUUCCACUAAAUCAUCGGACAGUGAUGUAAGUGAUAUAUCCGCGGUUUCCAGGACUAGUAGCGCUUCGCGGUUCAGUAGCACAAGCUACAUGUCCGUCCAAUCAGAACGGCCAAGAGGAAACAAGAAAAUCAGUGUCUUUACAUCCAAAAUGCAAAGCAGACAAAUGGGCAUCUCAGGGAAGAACAUGACCAAAAGCACCAGCAUCAGCGGAGACAUGUGCUCGCUGGAGAAGAACGACGGCAGCCAGUCCGACACCGCAGUGGGCGCCCUGGGCGCCAGCGGCAAAAAGCGGCGCUCUAGCAUUGGGGCCAAAAUGGUAGCCAUUGUGGGCCUCUCCAGGAAGAGUCGCAGCGCGUCUCAGCUCAGCCAAACCGAAAAAAACCCCAGCUGUUGUGUGGACCAGGACUGCCUCGUGCACAAGAGUGCUCCUGUGAAUUACAAAUACUGACCUUCCAGAAGGGUCCUCCUCCAGUUUGCCCAUGUCUACAAGUUGCUCAGUUUUCAUUCACUUUAAUUGCUUUUUGUAAAUUAAACUGCGUUUUUGUCUUUCAAAAGUAAGUUAUGAAUUUGCUUCUUGAUGAUUACUUAUUUUAAGUACAGCAAACAACCAAACUUCUCCAUAAGUUAUCCUAGAGGAUAGCUGUUUCUAUGGGAGUCAAAAAAAAAAAAAAGAAGAAGAAGAAGAAGA